AUGACUUCUCCACCCACAAAGAGGACGGUUCGCCUUCAGUCUUUGCUGGAUGGAAAUAGGAGGCCUGCGCCAAUGCAAAUGGAAACGUCACAUAUGCUACAUGAGGAUGAUGAUACUAUGGAAAGCAUUGAGGACCUGUCUAUGCUAGAUUCAAAUAUAUGCGCAUUAGAAGACUCUUCGCCACCAAAGGCAGAUGUACAGGCUCUGAACAAGACUAUGGCUCUCAAGGAUAUUCUUACAGGAUUGCCAGUGCCUGUUCAUACAAGAGCGCGGGAAGCUGACAAAAUUACGUUAGAAAACAAAGUGAAUGACAAGCGAUUGAAUUCAUCAAGUUCAGGAUCCAAGGUCGCGCUAAAGCAAUUGCUUUCUGGUAAAGCUAGCCGCGAUCGUAAAAAGAAAGAAGAUAUCUGUACGUCAGAUGACUUGGACCUAGAGGAGAUUCAAGUGAUAGAGUUAGGAAACCGUGCAAAGAGCCGCGAGACUCACGAGCGUAUCAUUAAAUCAUUGAGUAAUACCAAGAAAACGUCAUUGAAAUCAUUGUUCAGUAAUUUUUCAAAGCCUGUCACUAAUGGUAAUCCCUUAAAUCUCACAGACAUUUCGGAACCUGUUUCUGGCGCACCUAUAUCUCGAUAUCAUGAAAUUUCAACUCUGAGCGAGAUUCCAGCUCCUUUACCGAAACGACAGUUAUAUGAUGCUUCUGAAAAUCGCAUUAAAUACCGACCCCUGACAUUACGAAAGAAGGUUGUACAAGAGAGGGUUCAACUAUCUUUCAAGGCUGUCGAUUAUUCAUUUUUGAAACAAAAAAGCCAAAACUUCGAUGAAAAAUUCGAGCAGUGUCAUAUUUUUAUUAGAAGGGACAAUUCAUCGGCAUUGCUAUGGGACAAGGAGUUUCAACCCACUACGAUAACCGAUGUAUUGUUGGCAGAUAAUUGUAAACAAGCAGCAGUGUCAUGGAUGGAUAAGGCAUUUGAUAAAUUACGCAAAAACACAUCUAGGAAUAAGCUUUUAAAGAGGAAAGCUGAAGAUGAUUACCUGGAUGGUUUUGUUGUAGAUGACGAAUUUGAUGACAGUGUGGACCAAAUGGAGGAGUUUGUUCCACUUAUGAUUUUGCAUGGGGCUCAGGUUGGUAAAAACACACUAUUAAAUACAAUAGUUAAAAGCCACAAUGGGCAAAUUUUUGAAGUCAAUACUUCAAGUAACAGGAGCAAAAAAGAUAUCUUAGAAAGUGUCCAAGACUUUUCAACUACGCAUUUUGUCAAAAACAAGGGUUCUAAAGGUAUUAUUUUGUUUGAUGAUGUCGAUAUCCUUUUUCGAGAAAGAGAUAAACUAUUUUGGAGUGCUGUUGAGAGAAUUUUGGCGACAUCAAGAAGACCAGUCGUACUUACAUGUCGUGAUAUCAGUUUCCUUCCAAUGAAUAUUAUACAAGUAGCACGGGAGGAAAAUUCUAUUUUCUACUGUGGUGCGGUUGAAAAUGAGCAAGUGAUCGAGUAUCUACAGGAGUGCUGCAGGCGUAAAAAUGUUAAAAUGCCGACGACACUUUUGAAAUCGUUGGUUAAUACAAACCAUGGAGACGUCAGGAAAUGUCUGAUGGACUUGCAGUGGAUUUCCUUCGGGACACACUAUCCCUUUGUCGCUGAGGAUUCUAAAAAACAGUUCUCUCCAUCAUUACACGCAUAUGAAAUCAACUCAGACAUGCUUUCGAAUAUAGAUAUUAUGAAGAAAAACAUGGCUUGGAAAUCUAGCAUUAAUCAGGAUACUGAUGCGACCAUUUACUGUCCAUUCACCUCACGCGAAUUUACCGCUCUUUCAGAUGAAGAAAGGCUUUCAUAUGAUUAUAUUGUUGAUCCUAAGAUUUACCUCCCUGAUAGUCUCAAGCGACCGCUACUUCCUUAUGAGUUGAAUAUCUCUUCCUAUUUACAGCAGCAAUUUCCUGAUUUGCAUGGUGAGGUACAGUUCAACAAGGAACAAUUUUUAAUUGAGAUUACAGAUGAAGUAAUGAAGUAUCUUGAAAGCCGCGUUGCCGGUAACGUUGGUGGUUUGGGUAGAAAUAUCAAUUCGGACCAAUAUACAACCGUAAGAAUGACAAGAAAUUCAAGACGCGUAAGGGAAAUUAUGGACCGUCUUACAACAGUCGACAAUUCUGACCGAGCUGAAGCACUGGAUGCUGUCAUCAACUCCAUUUCUUCAGUUAGUAAAAUAGAUCUAUGCCAGGAAAUCAACCCCAUGGUUAUGGAAAUUGCGAAACACGAUAGAAUGAUAAAAUCUAAAAAUAAGAUUAUUUACGAAAAGGCGAUGGAUGGUAUAGACCCGACUAAGGCUAAGGAGGUCAUCAAACAAUUAUUAGUCGAGCAUGCAUUUUUUCCAAUCUGGUUCAAGCGAGAUCCCCGAGAGCUCUUGCAGAUAUGGGAAAACCAGAAUAGAUCUGAAUAG